AUCGGUCGGUCCGGUUGAAGCUUCCUUUACCCGGCUUAACGAUGAGUUCGUUUCUGUUCAAUCUACUCCUAAAGCCAGCGGGUCCGCCACCGAACGGAGCAGCGGUCCAGCAGCCCCAAGUCCCGUACAACAUCGACUGGAUCUUUCCGCGGUUGCGUCGUCCAAACAGGCUGUGGCACAUUGCCAGUACGGGCGUGAUUGGUUUGGUGGGAUUUUUCUCCAAAAUCGUCAUUGUAUGGCUCAACAAAGCACGCGUACAUAACAUCGACGUGCUGGAGAAUGCGCUGGAGAAUCGUCCAAAAGGAAAGUCCCUGCUGACCGUUUCCAAUCAUCAUUCGUGCUUCGAUGAUCCAGGCAUUUGGGGACUACUAGACACCCGUUUGCUAAAGCUACGGAACGUUUGCAACAAGAACGUCAUCCGAUGGUCCAUGGCGGCACACGACAUUUGUUUCACCUGCAAAGCCCACUCACUGUUCUUUAUGUACGGCAAAUGUAUUCCAGUGGUCCGCGGUGCCGGCGUGUAUCAGCCCGCCGUUGAUCUGUGCAUCGAGAAGCUAAAGCUUGGCCACUGGGUGCACGUAUUUCCAGAGGGCAAGGUUAACAUGACGAAGGAAGAUCUCAGGUUCAAAUGGGGCGUUGGACGAAUAAUUUACGAGGCGCCCGACCUGCCCAUCAUCAUCCCGAUAUGGCACAUCGGAAUGGACGAUGUGCUACCAAACGAACCGCCAUACUACCUCCGGAUGGGGAAGAAGCUCACGUACAACUUCGGAAAUCCGAUCGACCUAAGCGCUCUUGUGGAACGGUUACGGUCGGCACCGGUAAGCGAAGAGGAGGCGCGAAAGCAAAUUACCGACCGCAUCCAAGAGGAGAUGAUGAUUCUUAAACAAGAAACGGAACGAUUGCACUCGGAGUACGUAAAGAGCUGAGACCGGGGCCA